AUGCCCUCGACUAAAGAUAUCAAGCGAGCCCUGGCCCGCAUCCGGGCGGUGAUGCCCCAGGAGAAGACUGUGGGGUCUCGGCAGCGAAACAUCCGGCUCGGCCUCGAUCGUAUCUCCCGCGCCAUCCCUGCCGAGCAGAACUGGGUCGGCGUCCACGUCGGCGGCACCAACGGCAAAGGUUCCAUCUGCGCCCUCCUAGCAGGCAUGUUCAGGCUCGCGGGCAUCAGUCACGGCACCUUUGUCUCGCCCGCCAUGCCGGAGCGGCACAACGGCGUCACGAUCAACGGUCUCUACGUCAACAAGCGCAUGUACGAGACGGAGCGGCAGCAGGUCGAGGCCGCCUUCGGUCGCCGGGCCGGCCGCUGGCUGUUCUCCCCCGCCGACGCCGCCGAUGACGGCGGCGAGCUGACGCCCUUUGAGCUCGACACGGCGACGGCCUUUCGCAUCUUCAACAAGAUGCACGUCCGCUACGGCGUCGUCGAGGUCGGCAUGGGCGGUUCGACGGAUGCCACGAACGCGAUGCGGUCCAAGGCCGUCACCGUCAUUUCCAAGAUCGACCUCGACCACCAAGAGUACCUCGGCAACAGCAUCGAGGAGAUUGCGAGCGUCAAGGCGGGCAUCAUGCGUCCCGGCGUCCCGUGCAUCGUCGACCACACAAACGCCGGCCCCGUCCUCGCCGUCCUCCAGUCGCACGCGCAAAAGGUGGGGACGCAGAUCAGCCUGUCGUCCAAGGCCUCGCCUCUCCUGGAGGCGCUCGACCGGCACAGGUUCCCGCUCGAGGACUACGAGCGGCAGAACCUGCUCUGCGCGACGCUCGCCUUCAAGAGCCUGUUCCCUCACCUCGACGUCGACGCCAACAAGCUGCUGGGGACGAAGCCUCAUCUGCCGGGGAGGAAGGAGUACGUCAAGGUGACGAAACUCACCGGCGGCGGCCGGCAGCGGCCGAUCCUGGUCGACGGUGCCCACAACAUGCUCGGCGUCGAGGCGCUGUCGAAAUACGUCGAGAGCAAGGUCAGGCGCGACGACGGGCCCGUCAGCUGGGUCCUGGGCUUGUCCGAGAGCAAGUCGAAGCCGUUUUCGCGCAUGCUGGAGACGCUCCUGCGACCCCAGGACAACCUCGCGUUUGUCGAGUACACGGCGGGCACAAACGACCCUCUGGCGACGCCGGCGGAUCUCGGGCGUGCCGUCGGCAAGGACGUGCUCCGGCACGAGUCUCAGCUGUACGAGGGGGACGACUCGGUGGCGGCGGCGGUGCAAUGGGCCUGCGCCAAGGCAGAUGAGGGACCGGUCGUCGUCGCCGGCAGCCUCUACCUCGUCCGGGAGCUCUACAAGACGGAGGGCGUCGAGCGGGGAAGGAAAACGGGUACGAGACGACCGGGACGUGCGCAGCUCUGGCACUAUACUCAACUGUCACAGACGAGACCCCUUAGCGCCGAAGAGGCGCGCGAAUUCAAGCAGGCCAGACGUCACUGGUACCUGUCGCCGCGGCGGACAUGCGGCAACGGCGCAGCAUCGUUGACGGUGCCGGUGCCGGGAAGGACACGGCAGCUGCAACGGGUCGCGGCCCACCACAGGAACCAGGCGGACGGGUACCGAAGCGCCAUCAAGAGCAUGAAGAAGGACAUGGAGGGGGAGAGGGCGAGUGUCCAGGAGGGGCCAAAGUCAACGUUCGAGGAGCUGCAGAGGCGGCGCGAUGCACACCUCGCAUCGUACAGCAGCGCCAUGUCAAAAAUCCGCGGACGCAGCCCCGAUCCAGAGAAGAAGCAUCGGAGCCGCGAGGAGAUUUUCGGAUGGCGCGAGGCGGCGGGGACGAACAGGCGGCCGAGCAAGGAGCACGAGCAUGGGGACGCCAGGGGGGCGAAAACGAAGGCGGACGUGAAGGCGGAAACGACGGCGAGCUCAAAGGCCGAAUCAAUGACCGAACCCAAGACGGCAUCGAAGACGGCGUCAAGCGAGUUGGUUGAUGACGGGAUGCGGGCGUCCCUGGCAGCCCUCGGAAACGUUUCCCGAGAGCAGCAACGCGAGCAGCAACGGGACUAG